AUGAAACUGCGGACGAAGUCCACGUGCGCACUUGUGUUUGAUGACAUUAUGUGCAAGUACAAACCGGAAAUCCGGUUCAGCUUGGUCACACUGGACUACACUGCGAGGGGAAACUAUCCCUUCCGGAAAGCCUAUGCAGAGCCUCAAACCAAAACACCUCUGGGUCCGUGGGGAUUCAAAUACAGAACUGUGACAAAUAUAGACCUCUUGGAAGAAGUUGGUUGCAAAGCGGUUGCCAGAGCAGCUGUGGAAAUCAUUGUAAAUGAUUUUAAAGGUGGAAGAAAUAAGACGGACAACAUCCCUUACAAACCAAGCAUUGAGCUGUGCAAUGUUGUUCCUGGAGAUGAUUUUUCUGCAUUGGCCUCUGAAGCAAAUUUCAGAGUAAUGAAUGAAGCUCAACUAAUUUCUUCAACUUACCAGCCUUCUAGAGUGAUCCUUCAGCGAGAGCACCGUCUGUUAUUUCAUGACGUGAUGACAGAUGUGAAGCAAAGAAUGCUGAUUGCACUUGCGAAAAUCUUGAACAGCGUAGCUGAUGGACCUCCAUUAGAAAUCCUGUGUGAUGACGACCUGUAUGAAGAGGGCGAAGAAGGGUGGGCAGAACCAGGUGACAAGUGCUGGUGGAUGGCCUUGGAAGAAGCCCUAGCAGAAGGCCCUAUUUUUGAGGAAUCUGAUGAGGCCUGUGCUUGCACCAACCCUGGGGGUGAUAAUGGAGCCCAUGCACCACCAGAUGGCGAUGAGCCUCAACAGCUUCAAGCCAAGGCCGCAGCGGUGAAACUCAACCAGAUCAACCAGCAUUUAUUCGGGUUCUUCAAUUGUGUCCUGAAUCUCACUAGAUCCGGUGUCCUGCACACAAGGACCCACGCAGUUCAGAAAUCGAUCAAGUCGGUGUUGAGUGUUGCCGACCGCGUGUAUCGACUGUUGGGUCCCAAAUUGCCGACUUACCAGAAGGGACCCUUGUAUAUCAGAGACCCGGAUAGGUUUUUUGUGGAGCACCUGGAAGUGUUUGUUGGGAUCCUGGGAACUGCUUUGGUUUUGUCAACGAGCGCAUUUCCCUGCGCUGCGCAGGACCUGGUGCUUGCCACUGAUCAUAAAAUCAUCAUCACCAACCUCAAGUUUGCUGGGGUUUUCAGACAAACAUUGGAGCGAAUGUUGGAGUCCCCACCAAAAACCCUGAUAUCAAAGCAGCUGCUCUUGCAAAAGUACAGACAUCCAGCAAAUGAAGUUAUGCUGUACCCAAUCAUGCAAAGCUUGAUUGAUUUUAAGAACCUGGUUGAGGCAUACUGCCAGGAAAGUGUGCCUAUUUUUGUUGAGGAGGACCUUGAAGAAAUUGAAGAACUUUUGAUUUUCUUCCAACUGACACUGGCUGUUCUCUCAAGGGAAAUUGUGGCUUGUUGGAUUUAUGAUGGAUUACCUACACGGUAUCAAACCUUGUUGGACGACUUUCCCCACCUCAUAGCCUAUGACCCGGAAGGUGAUCCCAGGGAAAAGCAACUUCCUCCACCUGAACUCAAGAGGAACAGAGCAGACGCCCCGAGGCGCCUCCGGGAAUUCGUCAGCUUCACCGAAGAUGAGUCGGCCUUCGUGGCGCCACUGGCCAAGAUGGCGGGGCGCCUGGAGCGGUCUUCUGGCGCGUCGCGCGACGUGGUCGACUUGCGCGACGACGAAAGCAGCGACAUCUUUGGCGGCCAGCAACAGCAGGAUAAAAUGAGCAAGCCUGUGGAAACUGCGGCGGAGAUCUUUGCCACCCUGCCUGGCUUUAACCAGCUGGCUGAGCAGCUCGGUGUGGACUUGGAGAAGCCCAAAUUGCAGGAACGGGACGAGACUUAUGAAUGGGAGAUCAAUGCUGAUUGCGGAUCAUACGCACCCAAAGGCGAUGAUGACCCGAAGCAAUGGAGUGAACAGCAGAAACAGCAGCAGCGAGUGGCUUCCCAGCUACUGACCGAACCCGUGCAGGCAGUGGGAGCCACGAUUGACGUGUUGAAAACAUUCCCGGCCUCUAUGCUUAACAAGGCGUCAGCAGCUGUGGACAGGUUCCCUGCCAACACACCGGGUGCCUUCAACACCAGACAUGCUGACCUUGGUGAGGCCUUCAUGACGCGCAAAACAGUGCUGGACACUAGGAUGAAUCGGCGAAUGGCACCGAAACGAACCCAGGGAAAUUCGGCUUGUAAGAUCAUGGCCGAACUUUUCGCUGAUGCACCUUUAGCGACGUGCGAAUCGGACAUAGAAGAUUGGUCCGAUUUCGGUGAAUUUCAGAAUUCUAAUGUUCCCGAUGAAGCAGAUCUGCUCAACGGGAAUGCCACUCCUCUGCGCAACCAUAAAAGUGACAAAAUACAGCCUAGAGGCAGAAAGAUCAAUGAGCCAGACAAUUUCACGGAAUCUUUCUCCGCCUCUCUGGAAGAUCUUGUCAAUACAUUUGAUGAGAAAGUCACGAAGUGCUUCUUCAACUUCGAAGAAAAUGUUGAAAAAUUUGCACCAGUGCAAGUUCGCAGUCAAGACGAAGUGAUGAAUGAUUGCCAAAUGUGGUGGACGAUAACUGGGAAUUACGGCAACAUUCUACCGAUUGAUUGGUCGAAAUCCGUUGCAAGAGACAUGCACAUGCCGGCUUUGAAUGUUGGAACACGUGAUGAUAAUGAUAACCUCGAAGCAAUGCGUUCUGGACUGCGUAGAAAAGGCAGUGGAAACGGAAAUCGGGACGAGGAUUUCAGCAGCGAGGAUGAAGCAGUCGCAUCCGAUCUGGAUAUGCAUGCCUUGAUUCUUUCCGGCCUGCCCUCUGCUAACCAGGAGCCCAUUAAGGGGGCCGAUGAAGUCCUCAAAGAAAUUGACGACAUGAUGGAGAAUGGAGUCAGCGAUGAAAGCGGCGUUGAUUCAGAGUCACGAGGAUCUGAGGUCGGGGACGUAUUCUCUUCUCCCGUGGUUCAUCAUCUUCGCAAAGACAAAUUGGAAAUGUUGACUCAACGGGAGUUGAACGAUCUGUACACGGAGAUCGAAAUGGAAAUCAGAGAACUGAGCGAAAGUUUGAUUGCGGAGUUGGCCCUACGAGACGAGCUUGAAUAUGAAAAGGAGCUAAAAAAUCAGUUCAUUGCCUUAAUGGUGUCCAUUCAGAACAAGAAGCGCCAUUUAAGCACUUCUUCCCACCAUCGACGCACGCAAAAGGGGGUGGAUAAAACGACUGAAACUAAAACAACCGCUUUGUCGGCGAAGUUUCGUGGAACGAAUGAUCCGAAGUAUCUCACAACUAUCAUACCUUAUCACACUGGAUCGGGACCACCGGAUUCGAAUUCUUUGCAGAUAUUGAUUAAAAUACUGCGGGCAAUCGACGAAGACAGCCCUGCAGUUCCCGCUCUGUUGACCGACUACAUUUUGAAAGAUCCCUUUUUUGUUGGUGAUGUCAUUGUGGAAGAAGCCAGCAGCGGUGUUGGUAAAGUCGCCGGCAGAACGAGUGAAAGUGAGGAAGCGUUACGAAAAAUUUAUCAAUGGAACACUUUUGCCAGGCAAUGGUGGCUUUAUGAUGCCAAGUGGCAAGAUCCUUUCUACUCCGCUCUCACUAUUGCAAAAUAUUUGGCUGGAAGACACAAACCCAUAUUUUCUCCCGUGUCGGAUUGUGGUGACCAUGUCGUUGUCAUAAACACGAAAGACAUUGCCAUGCCUGCAGAGGACUGGCGAUUCAGAGUGUAUUUUCACCAUACUGGUUAUCCUGGUGGUGCAACUUGGACGCCUGCCUAUGAUCUCCAUAAAAAGGACCCCACCAUGGUGUUGCAUAAAGCGGUGUACCGUUCACUGGGCAACAAUCUGUGGCGCAGAACGAAAAUGGAACGCUUGCACCUGUUCAGCGACGACGAAGUACCAGCUGACGUUAUGCAAAAUGUAUCGAACCAAAUUCGGCAGUUGAGGAAAGUGCCGAAAAAGAUUGGGGAAUACAAUGAGGAAGAGCUGGACGAAUUUCCCAAGCUUUUUGAUCUGCCGAAGGAUUACUGCCCGGAGUAAAGUCUUCAAAUGUUUAGUGAUUUUUUGAAAGUGUUCACGUUGGACCUGUAAUGAAGAUAAUUUGAGCAAAA